AUGAAGUUCAUGAAAGUGGGCCGUGUGGCCAUCAUCACCCGUGGCCGCUACGCCGGUAAGAAGGUCGUCAUUGUCCAGCCCGUUGAUGCUGGCUCCAAGUCGCACCCCUUCUCCUACGCCAUUGUCGCCGGUAUCGAGCGUUACCCCCUCAAGGUUACCCGUGGUAUGGGCAAGAAGCUCGUCGACCGCCGCAGCCGCAUCAAGCCUUUCAUCAAGGUCGUCAACUACAACCACUUGAUGCCCACCCGUUACACUCUCGAGCUUGAGGGUCUUAAGGGUACCGUCACCAACGACACCUUCAAGGAGGUCUCUCAGCGCGAGGACGCCAAGAAGACCAUCAAGAAGGCCCUUGAGGACCGUUACACCAGCGGAAAGAACCGUUGGUUCUUCACUGCCCUGCAACAGGUUUCUAAACGGUUUACUUGGGCGUUUUGUCGUUUUGAGCGCACGGGUCUAGGUGAAGGCGAGGUCGAAAAACCAUCGAGCACAUUCGAUCCCUGCGAGCAUGGGAUGGGAAAACAUACACCAUGGCUGGAAACAGAUUCGUGA